AUGUCUGCAUCUCAAUUUAAACAACUGGAAAAAUUAGGUAACGGUACAUAUGCCACGGUGUAUAAGGGUCUAAAUAAGGCUACUGGUGCAUAUAUUGCUUUGAAAGAAGUUAAACUUGACUCAGAAGAGGGAACACCCUCUACUGCUAUCAGAGAGAUUUCUUUAAUGAAAGAGUUGAAACAUGAAAAUAUUGUGGCCUUAUAUGAUGUGAUCCACACAGAAAACAAACUAACUCUAGUCUUUGAGUAUAUGGAUAAUGAUUUGAAAAAAUACAUGGACUCAAGAACCAUUGGAAAUCAACCAAAGGGUCUUGAAUUGCAUUUAGUCAAAUAUUUCCAAUGGCAACUGUUUGAAGGUUUAUCUUUUUGUCACGAAAAUAAAAUCUUGCAUCGUGAUCUAAAACCACAAAAUCUGCUAAUAAAUAAAAAGGGUCAACUGAAAAUAGGUGAUUUUGGUCUGGCACGUGCCUUUGGUAUCCCAGUAAAUACCUUCUCAAGCGAAGUUGUCACCUUAUGGUAUAGAGCACCAGAUGUGUUAAUGGGGUCUCGUACUUACUCUACAUCCAUCGAUAUUUGGUCCUGUGGUUGUAUUCUAGCAGAAAUGAUCACGGGGAAACCAUUGUUCCCAGGUGGUAACGAUGAAGAACAGUUGAAGCUGAUUUUUGAAACUAUGGGAACACCAAAUGAAUCAACUUGGCCUUCUGUUGUAUCUUUACCCAAAUACAGCUCAAACUUCCCAAAGAGACUACCAAAAGAUUUGAAAUUGAUUUUACAAGCUCAUUGUGAUUUCCCAGUAGAAGAUGUUGUUGUUAAUCUAUUACACGGAUUAUUACAACUAAAUCCUGAUAUGAGAUUAAGUGCAAAGCAAGCUUUGCAUCAUCCAUGGUUUGAUGAGUAUUACCAAAGUCCACAGUAA